UACGAAAAAAUUAAUCCGAUCAACAUUUUACUACUUAAUUGAAUCGGUUCAACGUUCAAGCAAAAACACUGUAUCCGAAACUCCACUCCGUGGCCUUCUGCAAUUUUCCCAGCCCGCGUCAAAACGCAAAUGCUACAAUUUAAACGGCACCGAGAGGGCGAGAGUAGAUGAUAAUCGCAUCGCCGCACAGUAUUCAAUGCAAUGGCCCUGCUAGUAAACCCACCUCCUCCAAAUCAAAUUCAAAUUCAGAUUGAAUUUGAUUCCUUCGAUGCAGCUCAGUCCUCUCCCACCUUUUCCGAUCUCUUUCAUUCGUCUCGUUCUCUCUCUUCGUCGCCGGAGUCCGGCUGAUUCAGCUGGAAGCGGUCGCCGUUGCAGUAGCAUUUUCCCGUUUCUGCUUAAAUGCGCUUGAUUUUCAGCUGAACUUCGACAUCGCGAUAGGUUUUUUCGUUGCAGACGUGUGUUGACUUUGAGGACUUGUGCUGUGUGUUCAGCUAGCUGCUACGAUUCGAAAUUUGAAUUCGUUGGAGAGGGUUUGAAGUUUGUGUAGCGUGUUAGGGUUGUAGAGGGAGCAGAAUCCUUGUUUGGCGAGGUGUUGUGUUUACUGUUUAGUUCAGAUUGAUCUUGAAAGCAGUUUUGAAUUUCAAGUGGAUUUUGGGGCGGAUGGUGGUUAAGCAUGCCUAGCAUUAGAGCUCCAGCUACCAAGAGAACAACUACUCUAACGGUGGCCAUAAAGUGUCGACCAUUGACGGAAAGAGAACACGGUCGCAGUAUAGUUAGACUCCAUAACGACAAAGAGGUACUUGUUUUGGAUCCUGACCUGUCAAAGGAUUACCUUGAACGCAUACGGAAUCAUACCAAAGAGAGAAGAUAUUCUUUUGAUUAUGCAUAUGGACCUAACUCCAGCAAUUUGGAUGUUUACAAGAAAAGUAUUCAAUCUACAAUAGUUGGAGUUAUUCAAGGGCUCAAUGCAACUGUGUUUGCUUAUGGAUCAACAGGCAGUGGUAAAACAUAUACAAUGGUUGGGACUAAAGAUGAUCCUGGACUUAUGGUUCUCAGUCUGAAUACAAUUUUUGAUCUUAUUAACAAGGAUAACAGCUCUGACAAAUUUGAAGUUACUUGCUCUUACCUUGAAGUAUACAAUGAGGUUAUUUAUGACUUACUUGAGAAAUCAUCAAGUCACUUGGAGCUUAGAGAGGAUCCAGAGCAAGGCAUAGUGGUUGCUGGUUUGAGAUGCAUUAAGGUGAAGUCAGCUGAUAAAAUUCUUGAGCUUUUAAAUUUGGGGAAUAGUAGGCGAAAAACUGAUAGCACUGAAGCAAAUGAGGCUUCCUCACGCUCACAUGCAGUGCUGGAGAUAAAAGUUACAAGAAAACAGAGUGCAAAAUAUCCUAAUCAGGUUAUUAAAGGAAAACUUGCACUUGUAGAUCUAGCUGGAAGUGAACGAGCGUCUGAAACAAAUAGUGGGGGCCUGAAGUUAAGAGAUGGUGCUAAUAUUAAUAGGUCACUGCUUGCUUUGGCAAACUGCAUAAAUGCUCUGGGAAAACAACAGAAGAAGGGUCUAGCGUAUGUUCCUUAUCGUAACAGCAAAUUGACGCGUAUUCUUAAAGAUGGCCUGAGUGGUAAUUCUCAGACAAUAAUGAUCGCCACCAUAUCUCCAGCAGAUAGUCAGUACCACCAUACUGUUAACACUUUGAAAUAUGCUCACCGAGCAAAGGAAAUUAAGACACAUAUUCAGAAAAAUGUUGGCACAAUAAACUCUCAUGUUUCAGACUACCAAAGAAUGAUUGAUAGUCUUCAAAAUGAGGUUAGCCAAUUGAGGAAGGAACUAGCUGAGAAAGAAUCUCAACUAAGUGCUAUGCCUACUGAAAAAUAUUCGGACAAUGAACUUUCUUGGUUGGAGACAUUGAGCCUAGAAACAAGUGAAAAUGUUCAGGAGAGGAUAAAUUUACAGAAGGCUUUAUUUGAGAUUGAAGAAACCAAUACACACAACCGCACUGAACUCCAGCAUCUUGACGAUGCAAUUGCAAAACAACAGACAAUUGAAAGCAGAGGAGCAGUUGUGCAGGCUCUCAGAUCAAGGCGUCAGGUCAUUCUUGACAACAUUCGUGAUAAUGAUGAACUUGGUGUAAAAUAUCAGAAGGAAAUUGAAGCAAAUGAGAAUCGCAGGCUUGAGCUACAAGCUAUGGUUGAGGAAGCCAUAGGCAACAAUGGGAACAAAACAUACCUGCGAAUUCUCAGUCAAUACAGACUCCUGGGAAUGUCUAAUACUGAGCUUCAGUUUGAAAUAGCAAUGAGAGAUCAAGUCAUUUACAAUCAAAGGGCAGCACAAACAAAACUGUGGAAUUUACUUCUGAGCUUAGGCCUGGAUGAGAAGCAGAUAUUGGACCUUGUUGCCAAGCAAGGAAUAACAAUUGAAGACCGGGUGAUGACACCACAGCUUAAGCUUUCAGGUAGGACACAACCCCAAAAUAUGCAAGGUGGAAGAUAUACUCCAAUUUCCUCUCUAUCCACUUCAAGGCACUUCACCAACUUGCCCGGUGGCCUUCCACAUGAUCAAUACUUUUGUGCUAGACCAUUUAUCAUAGAGAAUCAGAAACUCCCUCAAACGUACUGCAGAGAAGAUCGUCAUAGUUCAUAUCAGUAUUCUCAUGAUUACUCCCUUCCAGCUUAUACAGGGCCUAGUAGAGGUGGAUAUUGGACUAGUAGCAUGCCAAGUUCCCAAUAUGGCAUUCCUGACAAACAUAUUCAGGAUUUCUGCAGUUCACAUAUGCAGACAAGAAGCCAAUUUCCUCCAUGAAGCGAGAGCAGUAUGUCUACUUCAUUCACUCAACCAUUAUACAGCAACAGCAGUGUCAGGUAGCAAUUGAACCCGGGAAAGUAUUUACCGAGUGAUGAUGGAUUGCAAAUGCCUUUUUUCAAAGUACUCCGUAAUUCUCAGGCUUGGGACUCAGGCUGUACAGUAUUCAACUCUACCCUUGUAUUUUGUAAACCAAUACAAUUGAACCUGAACAAUCAAUCUCAGUGGUGCUGCUGCCUUCUCCUAUGUUGCACUGUAACAAGUUUCUUGUGCCCAUAACCUUUUGAUUCUCUCUCAGCCACCUAACUUCAAAAAGAUCCUUUCUACUUUUGUCUCAUCCUCUGUAAGAAUUACAUAGCCUGAGCCAUAGUUGCACUCACUUGCACUUGCACCUGAACCCAACUAGAUUCAUUUGUCAUACUUCAAUUCAAUUGAUUUUUCGGUGUAUCCAGGAAGAUGUGUGAUCAGCGAUCUUAUAUUGUAGCUACGAAGUACAUGAACCUAGUUUAGACUUUAGACACUUGGUAAAUAGCAGGACAGAGUUGCUGGAAGGAGACUGCUAAACUGUCAGUUGACUUUUCUCCAUACGGAGUACAAUUUUUGUCUGAUUUUUCUGUGUCAAAGAUUGGGGUUAAUCGAAUUUCCUAUUCUGUGUCA